UCAUGGGACGGAGACAGGCCUUGCAACUGGGUAGGAAUCCGUUGCGACACGUCUGGUAUUGUCACCAACAUAAGUCUGUCUCAUUAUAGGUUGAGAGGUACGCUUAAUAGUCUCAGAUUCUCUUCCUUUCCUCGCUUGAUUAAGCUUAUCCUUCGCAACAACUCGCUCUACGGGUCAGUUCCUUCCCAUAUAGGUAACCUUUCUAAACUCAUCAUCCUUGACUUGUCUUUAAAUAGCAUUUCUGGCAACAUACCACCAGAGGUUGGAAAAUUAGAAUCUCUCACUAGUUUAGAUUUGACAUCUAAUUAUCUAACUGGUGCAAUACCAGCAUCUCUAGGCAAUUUAAGAAGCUUAUCUGCACUUUCCCUUGGGAAGAACAAUCUUUCUGGUCCCGUUCCUCCAGAAAUGAACAAUCUUACACAUUUGUCUUUUUUACAAAUAGGUUCUAAUAGAUUGUCUGGAAAUCUACCACAAGAUGUGUGCCUUGGUGGAUUGCUUUCGUAUUUUGGUGCGUUGGACAAUUAUUUCACGGGACCUAUCCCGAAAAGCUUGAAAAAUUGCAGCCGUUUGGUGAGACUCAGACUUGAGAGAAACCAACUUAAUGGAAACAUAUCUGAAGCUUUUGGCACACAUCCCCACUUGUACUACAUGGAUUUGAGUGAUAAUGAAUUGCAUGGUGAACUUUCAUGGAAAUGGGAGCAGUUUAGCAAUCUGACAACUUUCAGAAUUUCUGGAAACAAAAUAUCUGGAGAAAUACCAGCUGCUCUUGGAAAGGCACCUCGUCUACAAGCUCUUGACCUCUCAUCAAAUCAACUAGUUGGGAGAAUUCCAAAAGAAUUGGGAAAUUUAAAGUUGAUUAUACUUGAACUCAACGAUAACAAACUUUCAGGUGAUAUUACAUUCGAUGUCGCAUCGCUAUCUAAUCUCGAAAGGCUUGGCCUGGCCGCGAACAAUUUUAGUGCAUCGAUUCUUAAACAGCUUAGCAAGUGCUCAAGACUGAUAUUCUUGAAUAUAAGCAAGAAUAGAUUCACAGGGAUUAUUCCUGCUGAGACGGGGUCUUUGCAGUCUCUUCAAAGUCUUGAUCUCAGUUGGAAUUCCCUGAUGGGAGAUAUAACGCCGGAGCUUGGACAGCUGCAGCGGCUAGAGGUUUUAAACCUCUCCCAUAAUAUGCUAUCUGGUCUCAUUCCAACCAGUUUUAGUAAACUGCAAAGCCUCACUAAAGUGGAUGUGUCCUAUAACAAGUUAGAGGGUCCCAUUCCUGACAUCAAAGCCUUUCGUGAGGCACCAUUUGAAGCAAUUCGUAACAACACCAACCUGUGUGGCAAUGCUACUGGUUUGGAGGCUUGUGCAGCUCUCAUGAAAAACAAGACUGUGCACAAGAAGGGCCCCAAAGUUGUCGUUUUUACUGUAUUUUCUCUGCUGGGUGGUUUGUUGGGCCUGAUGGUAUGUUUUCUUAUCUUUUUCCAAAGAAGAAGAAAUAAAAGGUUAAUGGAAACACCACAAAGAGAUGUUCCCGCGAGAUGGUGCCCUGGUGGGGAACUGCGCUACGAGGACAUCAUUGAGGCUACCGAGGAAUUCAACUCCAAAUAUUGCAUUGGUACAGGAGGGUAUGGAGUAGUUUACAAAGCUGUACUUCCAUCAGAACAGGUCCUUGCCGUGAAGAAGUUCCACCAAACAGCAGAAGUUGAGAUGACCACCUUGAAAGCUUUUAGAAGCGAGAUUGAUGUCUUAAUGUGUAUACGGCAUCGAAACAUUGUGAAGCUGUAUGGUUUCUGCUCGCAUGCCAAACAUUCAUUUUUGGUAUAUGAAUUUGUGGAAAGGGGAAGUUUAAGAAAGGUACUGAACGACGAGGAACAAGCAGCAAAGAUGGAUUGGGAUAAAAGGAUAAACCUUAUCAAAGGCGUUGCAAAUGCUUUAUCCUACAUGCACCAUGACUGCUCUCCUUCGAUUAUUCAUAGAGACAUUUCCAGCAACAAUGUUCUUUUGGAUUCAGAAUAUGAGGCUCAUGUCUCUGACUUCGGCACCGCUAGGCUCUUAAUGCCUGACUCAUCCAAUUGGACAUCAUUUGCUGGCACCUUUGGGUACACAGCUCCAGAGCUGGCAUACACAAUGAAAGUGGAUGAAAAAUGUGAUGUCUAUAGCUUUGGAGUUGUAACAUUGGAAGUAAUGAUGGGAAAGCAUCCUGGCGAUUUCAUCUCAUCUCUGAUGUUCUCUGCUUCCACCUCCUCAUCAUCACCAAUCUGUCACAAUACACUCCUGAAGGACGUCUUAGACCAGCGCCUCCCGCCUCCUGAAAUCAAACCUGCGAAAGGUAUGGCACAUGUUGCAAAACUAGCAUUUGCUUGCUUGCAGACCGAUCCCCAUCAUCGGCCAACAAUGCGACAAGUUUCUACAGAGCUUACAUCUCGUUGGCCUCCAUUGCCGAAGCUAUUCAGCACGAUGGAAUUGGAAGAUAUACAGGUUCACAGAAAUGUUAUUGGCUGAAUUUUUACAGUAUACCUGGCCAUCUUGUGAAAAACAACUUGUCAAGUCAUCGCCAAUGGCUUAGCUGGCAAUAGCGUCCCCCUCCCCUCAAGAGGAGUUAUUGUCUGUGUUAGAUAUUCCGCCAAA